AUACCCGGGACAAUGAACCAGCACCAGCAGUUGCAGCCGCAAGAAGCAAUGGCUCAGCCUCGAUACCAAUACCACCAGGGAAUACUGAACUGGGACGUGCCACAUUUGAGCCCGGUCCGGGUGCCGCAGGUCAGUGCGUGCCCUUACAGCGCGUCAAACAGAAAAGACAACUCCUCCUAUUUGCUUCUGGAACCGGACAACCACUCAAAACCGUCACCGGACGUGUCUGCCUUCAACAGACUAAUGUCAGAGAUGGGCUCCAUGACGGGCGGUUCUGGUCCAAUUCAGGGCUACUUCCGCCCGGAGCAGUCAUACCCGGGGAUCAAAGUCCAGGAGUACAACAACAGCGUGCACAGCUUGCCCACGACCAAUCCACCGCGCUCUCCCCACUCAGAUUCGCGCCAUUUGUGCAACUUGAGCUUCCCGGUGCUGCCAUAUCCAGACUCUGACUUCAAGCGCGUUAUUGAUGACUUAGCGCUGGGCAGCAGUGAGUGUCAAGCCCAGAGAAGCGAUAGCAGCAGCAUCAACCUGGCCUGUCAGACCAACACGGAAGACUUAGUCAUAGGUUUACGGCGAGACAAGCCCUCAUCAGUCUUACCCGAGGGCGAUAGAAGUCCCAGACAGGAGACGCAAGAGGACGCAACAUUCGAAAAUGAUGCGUGCUGUGGAUGGCUGUGGGCGAAGGCGGGGAGGAAGAAGCGCUGUCCUUACACCAAAUACCAAACCCUGGAGCUGGAGAAGGAGUUCCUCUUCAACAUGUAUCUGACUCGCGAUCGCCGCCUGGAGAUCGCUCGCAGUGUCAACCUCACUGACCGUCAAGUCAAAAUCUGGUUCCAGAACCGCCGCAUGAAGAUGAAGAAGAUGACACGGGAACACAGAACCAGGGACACGGUCACACAUUUCCCCAUCUGAUUCCCCACAAACAUGGUGCGCAGAGACAGGCCUACAUGGACACGACUGAGUGCAGGAGCAUGGGAUGAUGCAAAGUCAACAAUAGGAUGGACCAUAUACUGAAGGAUGUGGAGAUAGUGGUUCUGAUCUGAAGGAUGGGCUGGAUGAAAGUGCAAGGAUAGGCUGGAUGAAAGUGCCAUCUAUGUCCUAUACACUUUGCAUGAGGAUAUGGUGGCUCUUACAGGUUAUACUUGAGUUUUUCCAUGAUGGAGAAAUGUCGGGAAACUUUUUCUUUCUCCAUACCCCUGUCCCGCAACACCCUUCAUAAAAGCACUUUAUCUGAUCAUUAUUUAAACAACUGUCUUGUCGUUGUUUCUUGAUGGCUCAAUAGAAUGAUUGCAACGUUGCUUAAUUGGUCUUUUUGCCAGACAUAGGCUACCGUCUUGAAUCGAAAAGUGUUGUUUACAGUUCAUGCUAGGCUAUGGGAAGCCAAUUUAAAAGGAUUACUUUAUUUAUGACGUGAGCACUAUUUUAUUUA